AUGUCCGCCUUCAGAAUGGCCCUUCAGCCAACUGCCUCUGCCUUCCGCGCUCUACCAACUUCCCUCUCGAGAAGAACUUUCCACUCUGGAAGAAUCGUGUUCGCCGGCAAGGAGACUUCCAUUGGCAACGAAGACCCCGCAGCGCGUAAAGCGGAAAUUGAAAAAGCGAAACAGGCGCAGUUGAAAGGACAGAAGCAGGGAACGAAUGAAUGGGAUGCUUCGAUUGCUUCCGAGUCGGAGAGUAUUGCCAAGGCAGACCGUGGCGAGUUGAAGGCCGACAAGGCCAGUAUUAAGGAGUUGCAGGAUGAGAGUGCAAAGGCUGCGGAGAAGAGUCGAAAGUAG